AUGUCAAGCCCGCCCCAGAACACCAAGAAGAGCGUCAUCGCUGCAACAUUCGAAGCCGACGGCGAGUCCAUACCAGAAGCCAACAAUGAGCCCCCCGCCAAGUUAGCUGGGGAAGUCACCAGGGAGAAACCAGCGUCGAGUAGGAAUCAGCUCCAGAACACCAAGAAACGCAUCAUCGCAAUACCGUUCCAAGACGACUCCGGAGACGAGGACGAGCCCAACGACGAAACCCCAGUCAACGUUGCGCAAAAGAAACAAUUCUCCAGACAGGAGCUAGUCGCAAAUAAACUACCACCACCCAGAAUAAUCCCCGUUGAAACGGUCGAUCUUGACGACUCGACGCCCCAAGAUGAUAACGAUGAACCACCGAUCUGGAAAAGGCAUGAGCAAAAGCCAUCUCUCGACAAGCCAUGUCCCGUUCCCAAGAAGAUUAGCCGCCCUGAAAAGACUGUCAAGCAGACACCGACCACCACUACAAACCCUACCAAACAGCUUUCAACUAUUAGCUUCAAGGGCCCCUUCAAGAAGGAUACGGCAACUACAGACGCUGCCACAGAUGGCACGACGCCGCGCACAGAACUACGCAUUCGAGCGAGGAAGAAGAGAGGCUUGCUCAUGUUGUCAAAGGAGAAAACGAUACCGCCACCUGCCGCCCCUCCAUCAGAAUCGGAGCCACAGCCAGUCUGGUUGACAGCAUCCCCCGUUGAUUCCCCGGCGGAGGAGUCAUUUGAGGAGUGGUAUGCCAAGAGCGUUGCUGCGAAAGCUGCGAAUAGCGGAGGAGAUUCGGAGGCUGUCGAGGAGCAGACGACCUCGGAGCUGGAAGAUGCCCACGCUUCGAUACCGGAACCGGAACCAGAACACAAUCCUACACCAGAACCAGAAUCUUCCAUCAAAGAGCGGUUCCCUGCAAAGCGGCGCUCCCCCUCACCAGACGAGAGCAACCCGUUCAAAGCCAGCAGUGACGAGCACAGCGAGCUCGACUUGCCGCAUCCUGCUAAGAAGACAGCAAAGCGACAUCCUUCCCCGUCGAAUAGUCAGCAAGACAACACCAGCGACAGCGACAGCGACAUGCCACCUGCAAAGAAACGUACCAGAGCCACAUCGAGAACUGCGAAAUCAGCGUCAGCAAAGCCGGAAAAACCACCACCAAGCACUAUCCCAGACUUUUCGCAAGACUCGGAAGGCGACGACGACUGGAUGGGACCUGUCACUACUGCCCUUACUACUACGGCAACACGCAAGGCGACCGGCAAUAGCGGCAACAAAGAGGCCAGGGCUUCCGAGAAGAGAUCCGCCCAGAAUGUAGCACCAAAGGGCCCGCGCAUAUCACGUGUCAACAAGAGCGCCAAGAGCAAGGAGAUUUUCGGGUUUCCAAUUCCCGGUGGUGUGACUCCUAUAUUCGGAUUCGGCGCUGCUCCCGUUGUCAUUACGCCUGAUGUACCUACUCCUGACAGUGAUCCUGAUGUUGCCGACAUACACGGCACAGAGAGACAAGCGAGUAAUAAACUCGGCGAGACCCCUACUGCUUCUGCUGCCGACAUCACCAACACGGGCACGACUCUAAGGGACCCGGCCAAUACACAUGACGAGCAGCCGCAAAAAGAAAGCACCACCAGACUGGCCAAUCCAGCUACUAGAGGAAAAAAGGCUGCCAGCAGGGCAGACGCUGCUGGUAAGGCGCCCGAGAUAAUGGUCCCAUUCGACCCUGUGCUUUCACCUACCAAGAUAGCCGCACCGCCACCGAAGAAGCAACUGGCUCUCGCCCCGACAAAAGUACCACAGCUCAACAGAAGCGGCAGCAGUAGCAGCAGCAACGCUCAAGACAAUAAGCCGACUGAUCUUGGCGGGUUUACCAAGGCGAAUGGCGGUGCUUGGAGCCGACACGCUUCUGAUCUGUUGGGAAUAACGCGCCCGAAGAGAGGGCUGUAA